UUAAUUUUAUUUUCUAACAAAAAAGACUUAUAUUUAAGUGAUUAGAUUAUUUAGAAUGCUUAUCAUCGAUUAAUGUUCCUUAUCACCAACAGUUAUUAUCAUAUUCUCCGCCUUUUUAUUCCUCAAAAUAAGAACAAAAAGCCCAUAAAACGUAUUAAUAAGUGGUCAAUCCAGUUUCUAUAUUUUUAAAUUUCUUUUUGCAAAACAAGUUACCUCUAAUCGUAAUUACACAAUUUUUCUGUGCUAACGAUAAUCAGAAACAAAAUAACCGAAUCAGUUAUAAUUUAGUUGUCCAAGAAGUCAAUCGUUUGUUUGUUUUUUCUUCCCAAGUUGUGUGUUUUUGUUUUGUUUAAAUUGUUGAUUGAGUAACAACUAUGCCUUCAUCCGUCCAGAAAAUCAAUCCCGAUAUCCAGAAGGAACGCAACAAUGCCACAUUUAGUACUCAAGAAUUCACACUUUGGUGGGUUGGUGGGGAGCAGCGGUACAAGGAAAAGAAAUCGCUGGAAAAGUACUUCCUCGAGGAUCCAGAAUUGAUGGACAAAAUACCCAUAUCCUAUCUUUCUCACAAAGAACUCUACGAAGAGGGUGUACGUAAAGCAACAAUUAUCAGCAAUAAAAUCCGUCAAAUGCGUGAAGAAGGCAGCGAUGGAAUCGAUACUUACACUGCCCUUCUAGGAGGUUCACUUGGUUCAGCUUUGAUCAAGGAAGGUAAUCCAAUUUCUUUGCAUUAUGUGAUGUUUGUCCCAACUAUUAUGGGCCAAGGAACUGUUGAUCAACAAGUCGAAUGGCUAUCAAAAGCUUGGGAUUGUGAAAUUAUUGGAACUUAUGCUCAAACCGAAAUGGGUCAUGGUACAUUUCUACGUGGUCUGGAAACUCGUGCUGAUUAUGAUCCAAAAACAGAAGAAUUCAUAUUGAAUUCACCCUCGAUAACAGCAUACAAAUGGUGGCCAGGAGGAUUGGGUCACACAGCGAAUCAUGCUAUAGUAAUGGCACAACUCUACACAAAAGGUAAACACCACGGCAUUCAACCGUUCAUUGUCAAGUUACGUGACGAAGAUACUCAUAUGCCAAUGCCAGGCAUCGAUAUUGGAGAAAUAGGUACAAAACUUGGCAUGAAGAGUGUCAACAAUGGUUAUUUGGGAUUCAAAAAUGUCCGAGUUCCACGUAUGAAUAUGCUCAUGAAGAACUCACAAGUUCUGCCCGAUGGAACAUUCGUUGCUCCAAAGUCGUCGUUAUUGACUUAUGGUACGAUGAUGUUUGUGAGAGUAGCCCUAAUUCGAGAUACCGCCAUGGCUUUGGGAAAAGCUUCGACUAUUGCGACGAGAUAUGCAGCUGUCAGGCGUCAGAGUCCAAUAGAUCCAAAUGAACCAGAACCUCAGAUCAUGGACCACAUUACCCAGCAGCUGAAAUUGUUCCCCCAAAUUGCUAAAGCCAUCGCCUUCAAACUAACUGGAGAUUAUGUCUGGACUAUGUACAAUAAUGUUACCGGGGAAUUGGAGCAAGGCAACCUCGAUCGGUUGCCCGAAAUGCAUGCAAUCUCCUGCUGUCUGAAAGCUAUUUGCAGUGCAGAUGCAGCGGCUGGCGUUGAGACAUGUCGUCUGGCGUGUGGUGGUCAUGGAUACAUGGAUGCCUCGAACUUCCCAACUAUCUACGGUAUGGCUACAGCUGUGUGUACAUAUGAAGGAGAAAACACAGUAAUGUUACUUCAAACCGCAAGGUAUCUGGUCAAGGUCUAUGAGGCCGCCUUGAAUGGGGGAAAGCUGGUGCCGACCGUUCAGUAUAUCAAAGAAGCAAUUGACGCUAAAGUUUUUGCUGACUUCAAUGGUUCGUUGUUGUCGAUUGUGAAGGCUUUCCAGUUUGUUGCUGCAAACAAAAUUCGGAUUGCCUAUGAUCGGAUGGAAAAAAGUAAAGUCCAAGGAAAUGGACCAGAAAAAGCUGCCAACUUAUCUGGAAUCGAACUAACCCAAGCUGCCGAUCUUCAUGGACGUGCCUUCUUAGCUCUUUCCGUUUAUACUGAGAUUAGAAAUAUUUGCAAAAAUGUUUCAGUGGCCUUGACAAAGGUGUUGAUGGAUAUUCUAGAAUUAUAUCUCCUCGACUCUUGUCUCAAUCGAAUCGGUGAUUUUCUCCUGUUCAUAGAUUUAAGCGAAAAGGAAGUUGGAGAUUUGGAGAUUCGUCGUAAAGCCUGCUUAGCUCGUAUUCGACCCAAUGCCGUUGCAAUUGUUGAUGGCUUUGAUUUCCAUGAUCGAAUGUUAGAUUCAACACUUGGAGCAUACGAUGGCAAUGUGUAUGAGAAAAUGUUCGAAGUUGCCAAGAUGAGUCCAUUGAAUCGGGAGCCGGUGAAUAAGUCUUUUAAUGCUUAUCUAAAGCCAUUUAUGAAGGCAAAGUUGUAAAGACUACCAACAUUAGAAUUUUGUACAUUUUUUGUUAAACUAAAAGCCUUUUUGUAAGAUAACAAAAGAAAAAAAAAAUAAUAAUUAUAAGAACAAACAAAAUAGGGUAAAACUAAAUUGUUUGGGUUAUGUGCAUUCGUCUUGUGAUCUAAUCACAGCAAAAAUUACGGUUUUCAAAUUUAGUUCUGUGUAUCUUACUUUUUAAGUUUUUUUUUGUAACAUUUUUGUAUAAUAAAUAUCAAUAAGUUAUA